AUGCCCAUCGAUGUUGAUGGUGUGAUGCAACUGUUCUGCCAUCUCUCUGAGGAGAAGGGGAUGAAAGCUGCUGUCAAACACUCUGGUCGAGGAGCAUUGCUGGCGGGUGCAACAGCUUUUGUUGGGGGUCUGAUGGGAGGUCCACCAGGCAUCGCUGUAGGAGGAGCAUUUGGUGGAUUGCUUGGUGCCUGGAUGACUGGAGGACAAUUCAGGCCGGUCCCUCAGAUUUUACUGGAACUGCCUCCUGCUGAGCAGCAGAAACUCUAUGAUGAAGCCAUUGUUAUUCUCAGGAACUUAGAUUGGACUGAUGUUGCUCAGCUGACUGCUCUUGUAAUGGGAAAUGCUACUCUCCAGCAGAAGUUGACAGCAGUGCUGAUGAAUUACCUCUCCAAAGAGCUAAGAGCAGAGAUACAGUACAGAGAAUAA